CAGUGUAAAAUGACGUAGGUAAGGUAAAAUCUGCCUUAUUCGCUUUUUUUUUUCUCUCUUUAUUGCAGUCACAUCGCAAUGCUUGCUUCAUUGUUCUCCGUCGUAGUGGCGCUCAGCGCCGUUUGCCACGCUCGGACCGUGCCCUCCGAGAACGACAUCUUCUCCGACGCGCCGGUGGUGUGCUUUAGGACAGGUUGUACCCGCGGUACGCGGCACACUGUGAGCGACCAGACUGUGAACGUGUUCUAUGGCAUUCCUUACGCCAUGGCGCCGGUGGGCGACUUGCGCUUCAAGAAGCCCGUGCCCCACUACGACUGGGGCCUGGGCAUCUACAACGCCACGAUCAAGCCGCCCUCGUGUCCUCAGACGUACUUCUACGCCGACGAGCGCUGGAACAACUACGAUCUGAGUCUCAACGAGGACUGCCUCUUCCUAAACGUGUGGGCACCGGAGACGUGCCGCGAGGACGCCAAGUGCUCGCGUCUCCCCGUCGUCGUGUUCAUUCACGGUGGCGCCUUCACGCACGGCGGCUCCGAGCGGGCUACGGCCGACAUGUCGCACCUGGCAGCCGUCGCAGACGUGGUCGCCGUGUCUUUCAACUACCGCCUCAACGGCUUGGGCUUCAUGUACGGCCGCAGCAAGGACUUGCCCGCGAACCUGGGCCUCUUCGACCAGCGGCUCGCCAUGAACUGGGUGCGGGACAACGUCGAGUUCUUCGGCGGGGACCCGGACAGCAUCACCCUGAUGGGCCACGAUGCCGGCGCCCAGAGCGUAGGCUACCACAUGCUGUCACCAAAGAGUCGCGGCCUGUUCAAGCGAGCCGUACUGUUGGGUGGCAACCCUUACACGAGCACGCCGCUCAACAAACCGGAUAUGGCGUACAACCGGGUGCUGACCGUGACGCGCAAGCUGGGGUGCCUGGACAGCGAGCAGGACCUGAGGCGCAACCCUGGUGGCGUGAUGCAGUGCCUCAAGACCAAGGAUGCCCACGAUAUCGCCAACAGCGCCGAGUACGAGUUCAGCCGCGGCCGCAUAUCGCUGUAUCCCGUGUUCGGCGAAGAGUUCCUGCCCAAGAGCCCGCAGGAGAUGAUGGGGACCGCCGGAAGCUUUAAGGGCACCGACGUACUCAUGGGGCUGACCGAGGAAGAGGCCGCGGCGCUCGUCUACUACGGCGGCUACUUCGACGGCGCCCCGCCGGACGACAUCACGAUGGGCGACGUGCGCUACGUGGUGGGCCUCUUUUUCGGCAUGAUGUACAAGCGUAACGCGGCUCCCAUCAUGAACUACUAUCUCAACGACACUGAAGAGAGCCCCAGCGACUCACUCAAGGCCGGCGGGCGUGCGAUCGGGGACGGCGUCACCCUCUGUCCCGGAAACCAAUUCGGCGAGGACCUGGCGCGGCGCGGCGCCAACGUCUACUACUUCAUGCUGGCGCAAGAGUCGUCGUUCGGCUCGCAGCUGUUCGGGCCGACGUACGGUGAGGACAUGCUCUACAUGCUCGGCUCGAUGAACGACAUGAGCAAAAGCGACGAGGAGAAACUGCUCUCGGAGAAGAUCAUGAAGAUGCUGGGCAGGUUCGCGCGAACAGGGCGGCCAGACAUGCCCACGAUGAUUCCAUCGUGGCCUCGGUACUCCGAAGAGAACCCCCUGUACGUGUCCAUCUCGGCGAGGAACGCGAGCGUCCAGGUAGGGCCUCGUCUCGAUGAGUGCAACUUCUGGAAGAACUUCUGGAGGCUUCGCGGCGGCAACGGGACGUCGCAGGACAUCGUGAUCGGCUGAACACGUGUGUUUGUGCGCGCAAUGGCAGCUCUGCCUCGCGAGACGGCGUCAGAGUGCGGGACUUCGUCGCUGACGCAAAGUGCUCCGCGCCGUCUUAAGGACCUGGUGCUCACGUUUUUACGUCAGGUUGUGUUCCAGUGUGCAACCGCUUGAGUGCACUCCAAGCGGUCCAUACGCCCUCUUGCGUCGUCGCCUCGAACAACUGUAGUAUAGUUAGUUUGUUUGUUGUUCAUGCUGUUGAACUUAUCGUUUGUUAUAUACACGUGCUGUGUACCCUGUUGUUUGUUGCUAUACGUGCUUUGAAUUUGUUGUUGCUGUUGUUGUUGCGUUUGUGCUCGAAGUAGUCCUUGAACAAUAUGUGGAGACACACACCAAAACGACACAGAUUCAUCAACGCGAGAACGAGGAAGGGGAUGAAAAAUGUGAUGCUUAGGCAUCCUGCGCGGUCAUAGAGGAGGAGAGUAGUUGGACUAAGGAUGAGCGCGGUAUCGGUAUCAUUUGGUGCAGCCUGCGUGAAGUAAUACGGCGUUAAACGUGUUAAAUAAACCCACAGUCACCCGUAAACAUAUCCAUAAAUAAUAGGCAAGCGUUCUCGGUUGCUUCACGAGAUUGAGUGUUGGUGUGCAAACAAAGAUGUACUAUGUGGCCAAAAUUGCUUCCUCAUCAUGUGACAAUUCCACGAGCACAAACCACACACAAGCUUGCAUAUGGGUGGUACGAAAAAUUCAGGCAGAAACUCCUCUUUAGAGAGUUAUCUAAGUGUGCGUAAGCAUUGUGCUACUUGCUCAUCUCUACGCAGCCCGGUGUCAUUAUCACUGUUAUGGAACUUGAUUCAACCAGUAUGGACCCUUAUCAACCCUCAUCGGUCGUUACAAACCUUAUCGAACAUUCGCUUAUAAUGUUCGAUAGCGAACAUGAUAAGGCAUUAAUCAAGAUAAAGUUCCUUACGGCACUCCAACCCACGACCAUUGGUGGUAUAUAAGGUGAAGUUAAUUAGGCACUGUGAAAUAAAAUAUAGUUAAUUAAGACACUCGGUCCCUCGACCUUUCAUGGUAGUCGAACCCACGACCUUCGGUGUUAAGGUGAAUUAGGCUUAAUUACGCGAAGCUGUUACAAAACCACCACUGCAUAUGCUGAGAGGGGUAUGCAAUGCUUUAUUGAUGGUUCGGAUGCUUUCUUAGAGCUUGUCGUUUAUUGAAACGUAUGCUGUUCUGUGUGUUGUAUGGGUGAUUUAAAUGAAUGUAUGCACUAUUCGCUUCACUUUGCUGGGCUCUUGUAGCCUCUGCCUUACGUAGGUAUGAGCCAUUGCAUUUUUUGCUUGCUUACGGGGGUAUGAGCCAUUCAUUGUCUCACAUAUGGACAAAUGUCUCAUUGGGUAGGCAUAGAAAUGCUUACGCAUUUAAAGUACACGAACCAAGUUACUGCGUUAGGAUCUUGCAUGUUUUCCAUGGCAUCGCGAAAAUUGGAUUCUAUGGAGACCUAACGUGGCAUCAAGAGAACUAACUAUACAUAUAACUACAGGGCGCCAAUCUUCCACUAUAUCAUGAGUGGUUGUACUGAUACCGCAACGCCAUCUUUCGUUUGUCUUUUGUGCAACCCUAGGGUUCCAGCACUCCAUCAAAUUUUUCGCGUUAACGUUCAGGGGGUUGGGUAUUAGCGCCAGGAGGCUGUAAAACUGCUGGUAAAGCUGUCUUGUCGAAGCAGCAGAGCGGAGUUGAGUUAUCGCUCCCAAGUGAAGUAUUCUUGCUUUUGUUUGCUGAACUACGACAGCACACUACAAGACUGUCCUCCUGUGUGAAGCUAUUCAACGAAAACAGAACAAGAGCUGCAGAAUGGGAGAAUCGCGUUUGAUGAGGUCAAUGUGAACGAAAACGUGGAAUUGUCGCAUUCACUUCGCCAUGGCUGAAGUAUCCAAAGAGCUGGCUUUUUUUUUCUUAGCAUACCUUGUCCUUCGUACUUUAAUCCCUUGUUUAGAUUUAAGUAGACUCGUUGCAAGCAUGCCAAGUUGGAGUGUGACUUGCAUAUUUAUCAAUUUGCCUGAAAAAGAAGUAGGACAAAUCCAUUUCGUUGAAGAAAAAAUCAGCUGAAUGAGAUAAACAGGAGCAACCAUAUGGAUACAGUCGCCAUUGUUCCUGGUGGCAGCCACAGGAACAAAAUUUGACACGUUUUUUGUUGAACUCAACAGCAAGUGUAUGCCCGACGCAAGAAUGUUACGCGGCUUGCACGUUUUGAACACUUAACGCCGAAAUGGUCGCAUGGGUCAAGCAGAACUACUCUAAAAUAACAGUAUAGAGGAAUGGGGGCGAUGAUCGGAUGGGUAGGAGUGCUUGAAAAUGUGCACACGACAGUGAUUUUCAUGCUAGCGUGUCACUGAAACUUAAAAUUUCAAAACUCUUCACAUAUUAGAUCUCAUUUAUGUGAAAUAUACAAACAUGGCUAGUGAGUUUCUGUAUUAAAUUGUUAAUAUUACGAGGCGGCAAGCUUGCUGAUCUUUAUUGCUUGUUGGUUGUGUCAGCAUCAACGUCUUGAGCGACACUUACCUGCGCAAUAGCCAGAACUAAUCUAUAUCAACAGGACUUCUUGUUACCCGCUUACCACAUAUCUAUUAUAUUGAAGAACUAUCAAUUUGACAACUGCUUCUGGAAAGCAUGAUCCACCUGACACUGUAUGUUUUACAAGAGCAAAGGAGGGCUAUCUGCAAGAAGAAUCAUAACAGCUGAGUAUUUUGGCAAAUCACGUUCAUCGGUUGUUCAUGCGAGGCUUGGAAAUGCAUUAUCACGCGUACCAGUCCGUGCGAAAUUAUCAUCCCUGGAAAAAAAUACAUUUCUUUAAAGCGCAAUUGCUAUUUCCAGUUCACUGCCUUUGUACAAUCCACAGUUGUUGUAGUCUGGACUCGCCUAAGAGAGAUAAGGAGAGUUCGAACUUCGAACAUGUGGCCUGACGAACUUUUCGCCAACGUGUACUUAUACUGGAGCGAAAAUAAAAAAAAAGCACUUUGUUUCA